CGGCCAUCUUUAAAUGCUCCGGUGGAGCGUCGAAAGCCUCGCAUAAGUUCACUGUUUUCUUCUGAUUUGUGCUGCAAGUGGGUACAUUAAACCAUGCAUCACAUUCAGCGGGCCACAUACCUGAUCGACUCCCUUGGGUCGCAGGUCCAGAAGAUCACCUUCCAAUGCUCGCGAGGUUUAAAACGCAGUCAUCAGAUCUCCCAGAAGGCAGAAUCGGCCAAGGCACCACCUAGGGGCAUUCCAUAUAAGGAUAUAACGAUUGGCGUUCCCAAAGAGACAUUUCUUGGAGAGAAACGGGUCGGCUUGGCCCCAGCAGCAACAGCUGUUCUCAUCAAGAAAGGCUUCAAUGUGAAUAUUCAAGAAAAUGCUGGAUUGGACGCGAAAAUUCCUAAUGAUGAAUUUGUCGAGGCUGGGGCUAAGAUCGUCAGCGGAGAUCAGGUGUUCAAGUCUGAUCUUGUCUUAAAGGUCAGACAACCAAGUCCGGAGGAGGUCCUGAAAUUCAGAGAGCAAGGGACUUUAUUUAGUUAUUUAUAUCCCGCUCAAAAUAUGGAUCUGAUUGAGCAAAUGCAGGCCAAGAAGAUGACGGUAUUCGCUAUGGACCAAGUACCACGCAUAAGCCGAGCCCAAGCGUUCGAUGUGUUGAGCUCGAUGGCAAACAUCGCUGGCUACAAAGCCGUUGUGGAGGCUGCUAGUAAUUUUGAAAGAUUUUUUACUGGUCAAAUUACUGCAGCUGGCAAACUCCCACCAGCCAAAGUUUUGGUGAUUGGUGGUGGUGUGGCCGGUUUGUCCGCGAUCGGUACCGCCAAGAAUAUGGGUGCUGUCGUGCGAGGGUUCGACACCCGCGCGGCUGUGAAGGAACAGGUGGAAUCAUUCGGAGCCGAGUUCUUAGAAGUGAAUAUGAAGGAAUCUGGUGAAGGCACGGGAGGUUAUGCCAAAACGAUGUCCAAGGAAUUCAUUGAAGCAGAGAUGGCGCUGUUUGCCAAACAGGCAAAGGAAGUUGAUAUCAUCAUCACAACUGCUUUGAUUCCUGGGAAACCUGCGCCAAAACUCAUAACUAAGGAAAUGAUUGAAUCUAUGAAACCAGGAUCUGUAGUUGUUGAUCUCGCCUCUGAGGCUGGUGGUAACAUUGAAACAACGCGGCCCGGAGAGCUUUACAAGUAUAAAGAUGUCGUCCAUAUCGGAUACACAGACUUCCCCAGCAGGCUGCCAACUACGGCAAGCACCCUGUAUGGAAAUAACGUUUCAAAGAUGCUUUUGUCUUUUGGUAAAGAAAAUCACUACUAUCUCGACUCUGAAGAUGAUGUGGUUCGAUGCGCUUGCAUUUUGAAGGAGGGCAAGAUGAACUACCCCCAGCCACCACCAGCGGAGCUGAGCGCCCCUCCACCAGAGAAGAAGGCCGUCGGCCCGGCCGCAGCCAAGGAGCUCGUGCCUCCGAACUACUUCAACAUCACACUGAAGGACUCUUUUGUCUAUACCGGAGGACUCAGUUCAGCUUUAGGUCUUGGGAUGAUCUCUCCUAACCCAGCCUUCACAACCAUGGUCACCACCUUCGGCUUGGCUGGUAUCGUCGGGUACCACACCGUCUGGGGCGUCACCCCGGCCCUCCAUUCACCCCUGAUGUCCGUCACUAACGCCAUCUCUGGCAUCACCGCGGUCGGUGGAAUGCUCCUGAUGGGCGGACAGUAUUUCCCGACCGAUUUGCCGCAGACGUUAGCGAGUAUUGCAGCAUUCGUUUCAGCGAUCAACAUCGGUGGUGGUUUCACCGUAACAGCAAGGAUGUUGUCCAUGUUUAGACGAUCAACUGACCCUCCAGAGUACAACUACCUCUACGGCAUACCCGGCGCCCUCUUCCUUGGCGGCUAUGGGUACACUGCCAUGUCCGGCAACUACCCAGACAUCCACCAGAUGGCGUACUUGGCCGCGUCCCUCUGCUGCGUCGGUGCGCUCACCGGCUUAUCAUCCCAGAAGACAAGUCGCGUUGGUAACGCCCUGGGUAUCAUUGGUGUGUCGUCUGGUGUCGCUGCGACGCUCGGUCUUCUGAAACCAAGUCCAGAACUCAUGAUGCAGAUGGGAGGAACCAUGGGCCUUGGUGGCAUGAUUGGUCUCAUUGGUGCCAAGAAGAUAGAAGUGACCGAUCUUCCCCAGAUGGUCGCUCUCUUCCACAGCUUGGUUGGUAUCGCAGCCGUCCUGACUUGUUUCGCUAACUACAUGAUUGAGCAGCCUCAUUUCGCGACGGAUCCUGCCGCUGGCGUCAUUAAGACUGCGUUGUUCCUUGGGACGUACAUUGGGGGCGUUACUUUCACAGGAUCAUUGGUUGCCUUUGGCAAACUGCAGGGCAUGUUGAACUCUGCCCCCCUCUUGCUCCCCGGACGCCAUGCAUUGAACCUUGGCAUGAUGUUGGGAAACGUUGGCGCCAUGGGUUGGUACUUGGCAAGCAGUGAUCCUUUUGUUGGCAUGGCGAUGCUUGGAACGACCGCUGGUUUGUCGGGCAUUAUGGGAGUUACCUUGACGGCUGCUAUUGGAGGUGCCGACAUGCCAGUGGUCAUCACCGUCCUCAACUCUUACUCCGGCUGGGCGCUGUGUGCUGAAGGUUUCAUGAUGAACAACAACCUCAUGACCGUCGUUGGAGCCAUGAUUGGCUCCUCAGGAGCUAUCCUGUCUUACAUCAUGUGUGUGGCCAUGAACCGCUCCCUCCCCAAUGUCAUCCUGGGAGGUUUUGGUACGACAUCCACCGCCGGCGGAAAACCGAUGGAGAUCACUGGCACCCACACCGAGGCCAACGUCGAUGAAGUCACCGAUAUGGUCAUCAACUCUAAAAACAUCAUCAUCACCCCCGGAUACGGCUUGUGUGUUGCCAAGGCGCAGUAUCCAAUUGCUGAACUGAUCGCUGAGUUGAGGAAACACGGCAAGAACUGCCGGUUCGGUAUUCACCCAGUUGCAGGACGCAUGCCUGGACAGCUGAACGUGCUCUUGGCCGAGGCCGGCGUCCCAUACGACGUUGUCUUGGAGAUGGAUGAGAUCAACGACGACUUCCCUGACACUGAUCUUGUCCUCGUCAUCGGAGCGAACGAUACGGUCAACUCCGCUGCUGAGGAUGACCCCAACUCGAUCAUCGCUGGUAUGCCGGUCUUGCGUGUGUGGUUGGCCAAACAGGUUGUUGUUGUCAAGAGGACGCUUGGAGUAGGAUAUGCCGCCGUAGACAAUCCUAUCUUCUUCAAGGAGAACACCUCCAUGUUGCUAGGAGACGCCAAGAAGGUGACAGACGGACUUCUCAACAAAGUCAAGGAGCACUAUGACAGUUAAUUAAACAGGAGAAUAGGUUCAAUUAUUUAUAGAUUUUUCAAUAUCAAAGGGUGAACUGUGUUUGGAAUGACGUGAAUUCCUGGCCUUGGAUCAAGGAUCCACAUUUCAAGGUUAUGGGACCGACUGUCGCCAAUCAAUGAUUACAUUCUCAUGCUUUGGACAAGUGUUAAGAUUGUGUUUGCAAAUAAGUCUAGGUUACAAAAAUAACCAAUGUGAUUGAGGUUUGUUACUAAAAUAGAUCAUGUGUCAACUAAGAGUGCAGUAUUUAUCCUAGAAAAGAGUGUUGUAUUUUUCACAGUGUUUAAAUAGAAUUUUGUGUGCUAGUGAGUUACUUGGACACGAAAAACUUCCAUGCCAAAUUAUGCAGCAAACUUGGUGCUGAUAGUAUUAAUUUGUAAGAAAUUUGAAUGCCAAGAAAGUGUAUCCAAUGAUUUGAAAAAAGUGAUGUGCUAUUACUAUCUAUUUGUCUAACUGGAAUAGCAUCCAUCCCAAGAUUGUUUAUGUAUUUGACAGAAAUUGAUAUUGAUUUUAUGUCCCUGCACCGGUAAAUUGUGAAGGUUUAGUUCUAGUGCAAAUUUCUAGUUCAAAUUUAUGCAAGAAGAAGAUAGUGCAAUGAUUUUGCAUAAUAUUAUGUCUGCAUAUCUGAGGCCAGUAGCUCAAUCGGCUUUAGCAGAAACGUUGGGACUAGGUUUUUACACCACUAUUGUAAAUGAAAUUUGCUGAUCAACUAACGCUGGCAUUUGUCUCUUACGCUGAUUGAGUAACUAGCCCCGAUAACUCAAAUCUUGCCCUGGAAUUCCAGCUCUUUUGACUUCAGCCUGACAUAUAUGAACUGUGAAAAAGACUGGUCUAUUUCUUCCCCUCUCUUCCAUUGAUAAACAUGUACGUGUAACCUCCAUGUCGCCUUCAAAAAAGUUUUAUUUGACAUAUCGAGGGAUUUCUAAUCAAAAUUGGCUGUGGAGUUGAUUCUGCUCAAAAUUAUAAAACGUGAUACAUGUCAGAUGAGUGUUUUUAUAGAAAUGUAAAAAUAUCUGCUGAGUUUUUCAGCCUCUUUGUAUAAAAAUGAAAAAUGUACCAUACCUGAUUAUCACUGUACAAAGAAAAAAACCAGUUUGGAAGUCUAAUAGGUAUUGCAGUUAGCCCAAAAUACAUGCGAUGCAAUUCAAAUCCCUCUCCAUUCAUAGUUAUAAUGCACAUCCAUUAACAUAGUGGUUUUUGUGUGAACUAAUGUGCUAAAUGAUCAUGUCAUCACUGUAAUAAAGUGUUUUCUUCUAA